ACAUAAAUAAUUUUUUCGAUGAUUACGUAUUAAUGGGUAUAAUUUAUAUUUGAGAAAUUUUCGUAAGUAUAACUAUAUAAUAUAUAUUACUCUUAUUACAGGGAGAAUAUAAAUUGGUGUAUAAUAAAAUAUAUCCAUGUGAAACAACAAAAAACCAUACAAUUAAAAUGAAUUGGUAUUUAAGUAAAAAGACAUCAAGUAUAACGGAGUUAAAAGGGAAUACAACAUUUUUGAUACCUUUCGAUGAUAAUCUUACACUUGAUGCUAACUUAGCGUCUUGGGGAUCAACUGGCGGAUGGGUGCCAAAUGCAUAUAUUCUCAAUACAAAAAAGGCAUGCAGUAAUGCUAAAUAUAUCUUUGGAAAUUCGUGGUUUACAAUUAUGGAGGGUUUCAACAGUCCAACUGAUAAAUGUCCACUACCAGUGGUAAUGUACAAAAAGAUUAUAUCACGGAGAAGGUUCCUAUUUCAAUAGUAUUUGUCUAACAUUUGAGUUAUCUAUUAAUUUAAAUAAAUGUGUAAAUUGUAUAUCUAAAUAUUAUAUAAAAUCCAAAUACCACUGACUCACUGAUCACUGUAUCUCAGAAACUACUCAACGUACGAACUUAAAAUUUGUAAUAGUGGUUCCUCUAAUACUUUAACUGUGUGAUAAGAAAGGAUUGGCCAAAUUUGCAUGUCAGAGAGGUGCUCAAACAGGAAUCUUGGGGCUCACGAUGAAAGUUGGAAAUUGUAAUUUUAUUUAUUUUAUAAACAGUUUCCAUUGGUUACAGUCUACAGUAGAAAUUAGUGUUUAUUUAUAUUAUUGGUUUCCAUUGUGUUAAGAACUCCUGGUUAUAUUAGCUUGUAUGAUAUAAUAUAAUAUUGUAUAAUAAUAUUGUACGACGGCGACUCUCUGGAAGGAUUGCUGCUACAGCAAUUCCAGGCAAGCGCUGGCUAUAGGCACGGCUCGUAUAACAAGCCGUGGCAGUUGGAUUUUAGAGUAGUAAGACAGAAUAUUUAUUUAUUUAUUUAUAUUUAUUUUACGCCAAUCGGCAGUUAACAAUAGUACAUAUUAUGUAUGUAAUAACAAUUAAAUAGAAAAACAAAAUUACAAACAUAAUUAACAGUAAUAAAGUAUAAGAACUCUAUAACAAAAACUAGAGCGUACAAAUAACAGAAUAACAGAAGCCGCCUGAGAACGUAGUCAAAACAACUAGGGCACAUUUAGAUUAGUUAACUCUGAGCAUUCUGUGAAGUGUAUGAUUGUAACCAUAGGCAGUAGAGUGAUGGGGAACAUAAAACUGGUCUAGGUUUCGUAUUCCACGGGUAGGAACUUUGAAUGGAAUUUCAGCGAGUAAAUUAGGUGCGUCGAAAGUACCAUUUAGAAGGGAAGUUAAAAAGUGUACAUCUAUAUCGGUGCGGCGAAAGGAGAGAUAUUACGUAGUUGGACAUAGUCAUGGAGGGACACGUCAGUUUUACUCACAAAUGCUAAGUAGCUUAGGAAUCGAUUUUGUACCUUAUGCUGGUGCUGUGCAAGGUAUGGGUGCCAUACCACGACUCCAUAUUCGAGAAUUGAUCGUACUAAUGUAAAGUAGAGGGAACAAAGACAGUUCACUGAUGUGAAAUGUUUUGUGUAACGUUUAAUAAAUCCGAGAACUUUAAGAGCACGUGCUACUAAUGGUAUAAAUGUUGGUUAAAUGAAAGAGAAUACGUAUAAAGGUUACCGAGGUCUUUAAUUUGAAAUACUUGUUUAAGUGGAAAGCCAUUGAUGGAGUAUGUUCUAUUGGUAGAUGAACGUUUAUAUUGUAUUAUAUUUAUAUAUUGUUAUUCUCGCAAGAACAUUAUUAUUUUCAGACCAUUUUAUAAAACAUUAUAUUAAUUCAUUAAAUGUAUAGUAAGUUUUCUUUUCAAGUUUAAAUAAAGAAAGUAAUAAUUAGUUCGGAAGUGUUCGUUAUUAUAUUUGUGCACGAACAUCGUUGGAGAUCCGUAACAAUUGGUUAUUUGGGCAGAUCCGGUACAAGCUAGCACCAAAUGAAAUUAUUGAACAUUCCCACACAGCAUUUGGGAAAUGAUAAUAUUUUGAAAAUAUU